AUGGGCCCUUCAUGGAGUGCAGACCUGCGAGGGGCGCGCGCGCAGACGGGCCGGCCGGCGGCCAAUGGCCAGGCCGGCGGGGUCCUGGAUAAGGACGGCAAGAAGAAGCACUCGCGGCCGACCUUCUCCGGCCAGCAGAUCUUUGCGCUGGAGAAGACCUUCGAGCAGACCAAGUACCUGGCGGGCCCGGAGCGCGCGCGGCUGGCCUACUCGCUGGGCAUGACCGAGAGCCAGGUCAAGGUCUGGUUCCAGAACCGCCGGACCAAGUGGCGCAAGCGGCACGCGGCCGAGAUGGCGUCGGCUAAGAAGAAGCAGGACUCGGACGCCGAGAAGCUGAAGGUGGGCAGCUCGGACGCGGAGGACGACGACGAGUACAACCGGCCCCUGGACCCCAACUCGGACGACGAGAAGAUCACGCGGCUGCUGCGAAAGCACAAACCCUCGAACUUGGCGCUGGUCAGCCCGUGCGGCGGCGGCGCGGGGGACGCCUUGUGA